AUGUCGCCACUGCCGGUGCGAUGGACGCUUCUCGCACUGGUCAGCCUCCUCGGCACCGCGGCUGACAGCACCAUUGGCAACGUGCCCACCGACGCUGCGUACGGGCCCAUCGACGCGGUCUACACGUGGGUUAAUGGCUCCGACCCGCGCUGGCAACGGGACAAGGCCGCGUGGCAUGCCAAGUGGCGGCGCGAGCACCACGAGCAUUCCACGCUACUGACGUCGGACGAGAACCGGUUCCGCGACAACGACGAGCUUCGGUACUCGAUUCGAUCGCUGUACCAGUUCGCGCCGUGGAUCCGCCACGUCUACAUCGUCACGGACGGCCAAGCGCCGGCAUGGCUCGACCGCUCCAACCCCCACGUCAGCAUCGUGCCGCACGCGUCGUUCUUUCGCAAUGCGUCGCAUUUACCAACGUUUGCGUCCCCGGCGAUCGAAGCCAACCUCGAUGGGAUUCCAGGUCUCUCCGAGUACUUUUUAUACCUGAACGACGACAUGCUUCUCGGUGCCCCGGUGUCGCCCGACGACUUUAUGAGUCGCAGCGGUACACAAAACAUCUACCUCGCGUGGAAGGCGCCAGCGUGCAGCCCCGACUGCGCCAACUGGAUGCUCGGUGACGGCGUGUGCCACCGCGCUUGCAACACGGCUGCCUGUGGGUUGGACCACGGCGACUGCACCUGUGCUUCGCCACCCGUGGUGGCCGACGACUGGACACCGAUUUGUUUGGAGGUUGAACAGCCUCGUAGCACUGGCUGCGCGCCGGGCUGCGACUGGAGAUACCUCGGUGACGACCACUGCCAGGCGCACUGCAACGUGGCCGAGUGUGCUUUCGACGCUGGCGACUGCGACCCUGCCGCGCUUGAUCUCUUGCCGCGCGUGGCAUUCAACGCCUCGGUCGACGCCGCUGCCGUGCUUUUGGACAACCACAGCGCGGUGCUGGUUGUCGACGACGUGUUGUCGGUCGAAACCGAAUCCAGCGCGUUCGUCCAGCACGCGGCCGUCCUCCGCUCGCGCCUCUUUCUCUUCUUCAAUCGUACCGUGACCGAGACGAUUGCCGAGGCAGUAGUGACUCCACGGGGCACGGCCACACAGACGCGACUGCAUGUCGUGCCACACGGCGUUGCGCUGGGGACGCAAGGCUACGCCUUUACGCGCUCGCCGCCGACGCGCCGUAUUGAUCUCGCCGCGGCCAGCAUCUCGCCAGCGUUCCAGCCGCCGCACUUGGACGCGACCAUCUAUGUGCCGUUUGCAUCGCUGCCCGAUUGGAGCGGCGAUACGCACUUUACGGUUGACGACGGACCGGCCAUCGCGUGCCCGGCCAUUGACGCGCCGUCGUCGUCUGCUGUGGCUCCAGCCGAGAGCCACUGUACGCUCAACGCGUCGGGCGUACUGCUGCAUGCGCGGGUGUCUGGCAAUGCGACGCGUGCGAGCGUCUGUCUCUUCAACGCGGAUCGCAGCAGCUGCAUUGUGUACAGCGCGCAUCGUACUGUACUGGCGCCGACCGCGAAUACCAUGGAGCACUACGCUUUGCCCAAGACGACACACGAGUGUCACUGGUGGACAUGGUGCAACGCAGCGUACGCGACGCUGGCAGAUAGCUGCACGACGGCCUCGACCAAGGCGCUCAUGGCCAAGGACCCGUCGGCCGCCAAGGCCAAGGCCAUGACGCUCUGUACUCGCUUUGGCGCCACUCACGGUCCACUGACACGCAACACAACGCAGCUCCUUCGCGACAAGAUGUGCCGCAUCAUGCACACGAAAGAUAAACAGCCAUUUUGGCUCGACCCGUGUCCACCGAGAGCUGCGGACGCGGAGAUGACGUUCCUCGAUCCGUUUGGGGACUCGCUCAAGCACGUCAAUGCACUCUUUGACGCUGCGUUUGGCAAGGCGCCGCAGCCACGCCGCGUGCCAUCGCACAUGCCGUACUUUAUCCAGAAGCGGCUGCUCGCGGAGCUCAAGGCCCACUGGCCGGUGCAGUUUAACACGACGUCGGCACACCGGUUCCGGCAUCCAAAGGACAUGCAGUUUAGCUUUGCCUACAUGCACUAUGUGGCGAACCGCCGGCUCUUGCACCCGCCGAAGUCGGCCAGCGAACUCUUCUCGAGCCACAUCGACAUCAACCAGAACGGGCACCUCGACGCGUACGAGGAGCGCAACCUCAUCGGACUCUUCCCCACAUUCUCGCACGCGAUGCUAUUGGCGCUGCUUGACGACUGCCGACGAGCGGCCAACGUCUCGUCCGCACUGCCGCUGCGACUCAUUGCGGUGCACUGCCCCGGCCUCGAGCGGCGUUUAAGCCAAGUAAACGCGGCGAUGCUACCGCCGACACACCGCCGCAUGUCCGAAGAGCAAGUCACGUUCUUAAUGCUUGGGCGGUCCAUGACCGACUACGUGCAGCUGUACCGAGCCCGGUCGCGCCGCACCAAGUUUGUGUGUGUGAACGACGACAUCACAAGCCCAUCGCCUGUGCUUCGCGCGAUGCUGCGCGAUUUUUUCGAGCUGCGCUGGAGCACGCCUUCGCCCAUGGAGCGCCCGGCCGACGUCGCAACGCAGCAGCACACGGUCUCCGAGAAGCGCCGCUUCCAACCCACGAACCAGCUCCACCAAGAGGUGGUCGAUAGCACCUUUGUUUGGCCAUACGAACUCGUCGUUGUUGGCGUGGCGAUUGGGUCCGUCUACUACGGUAUCGCAUCGAUGCGGUGGCAGAAUCGCUCGUAUACCCCCUUGCGUCCACUGUGCUAA